UGAUGUUGGUGAGGGGCUCUUGAUUUAGGGAAUUGGAUCUGUGCUCCAGUUCCCCGAAUUAAGCCUGAAUGCCUUCCACAUCCCCCCACCCAGGCGCUGUAUAAUCCUCCGGGUUUAGCGCUUCCCCUUGAUUAUAAUAAUAAUAAUAAUAAUCGAUAAGGCGUACAUAUUAGUGGUCCUUAACAACCCAACACCAACAACAACAGCGUCAGCGGGAGGCGACGCAGCUCUUGUCUCAUGUAAAUAGUGUUGUAGGCUCUUCCACCAGUAUGUACAAUGGCAUUGGACUACAGACAGCCAGAGGGUCUGGCACUAAUGGCUAUGUUCAACGGAACCUUGCUCUUAUUCGCAAUAUUAAAAACAAGAUUGAUUUUCGUACAGAGGAAGAGUUACAAAAGUUAGAAGAUCAGAGAACCCAGGGUCCAAAUGCCGAAAUUCGUGAACAUGCUCGUAAACGAGCUCUUGAGUUAAAAUGUGCUGAAAUGGAGGAUGUGAUGAGGGAACAAGGGUAAGUACUGUAUGUAAAUUUACCUUUUG